UUGUUUUAAAGCAUAUUAAUAUGGCUGUGCAGCUUACCCCUUUUUUGUUUCCUUUUAGCAAGAAGCCUCCACUCUUGAGCUCCUCUUCCUCACCAUCGCUUCCUAUUCUUCAGCGAAUAAUGAUAAAUUUUCAUCCCAUACGCGACCUCUCGACUGCUACUGCAACAUCUUCUUCUGCUAGAAGAAUAAAUUUUCAUCACAUACACUGCCUUUCAACUGCUAGCACAACUUCUUCUUCUCCAGCUGUUCGUAGAACAGCAAAUUAUAAGCCAACUAUUUGGGAUGAUAGCUACAUACAAUCACUGCAAAUUGAUUUCAUGGAGGAAAAGUAUAUGUACCGAAGGGAGAAAUUGAUGGAGGAAGUAAGAUUUUUGAUCAACCAGCAACAUAGUCUUACUGAACAACUUGAACUUGUGGAUACCUUGUGUCAACUAGGACUUGGUUAUCAUUUUGAUGCAGAGCUCAAGAAUUUGUUGAGUUCUAUUAGUUCGUCGAAGAAAAAUAUCAACAAUUUGAUAGAGAAUAACAACCUUCAUGAUUUUGCUUUGCUCUUUAGACUUGUUAGAGAACAUGAUAUCCAUAAUGCUUCAAUACUAAGACUUGAUGAUUUGAUAAGCUGCUUUAAAAAUGAGGAAGAAAGUUUCAAUCAAAACAACCAAUUAGAUGUCAAAGGAAUGCUUAAUUUAUAUGAGGCUUCCUUCCUUGCCAUGGAAGGAGAGGAUGAAUUGGAUGAGGCGGGAAAAUUUGCAAUGAAGCAUUUAAAAUACCAUGAUAGAUCCUUACUAAGUCCACAACUUGUUGAACAAAUAGAACAUGCCUUGGAGCUACCCUUGCAUUGGAGAAUGUCAAGGUUACAUACUAGAUGGUUCAUUGAUGCAUAUGGGAGACACAAAAACUUUAAUCCCACAUUGCUUGAGUUUGCUAAACUUGAUUUCAAUAUGGUGCAGAGUAUCUACAAGACAGAGCUUCAGGAAUUGUCCAGGUGGUGGAGAAAUAUCAAUGUUGUUCGUGGUGGGCUUAAUUUUGUAAGAGAUAGAUUGGUGGAGAACUAUUUAUGGGCCAUAGGCUUUACAUUUCAGCCUGAACUCUGGAGAAUCAGAAAAGCAAUGACACAAAUUAUUAGUUUCAUAACAACAAUUGAUGAUAUUUAUGAUAUCUAUGGUACCUUGGAUGAAUUAAAGCUAUUUACAAAUGCUAUUGAAGCAUGGAAUAUAGCUACAACGCAACAACUUCCAGGUUACAUGAAGAAAUGUUUGACAACACUUUUUAAUACAAUGGAUGAUAUUGCCUCCUCAUUUUCAAAGGAAAAAGAGUUGGACAUUCUUCCAUGCCUAAAACGAAUGUGGGCCGAUUUAUGCAAAGCAUAUUUCAUUGAAGCAAUGUGGUAUCAUAAUGGAUAUACUCCUACAUUGGACGAGUACUUGGACAAUGCUUGGGUUACCAUAUCAGGAAUUUGUGUACUAACUGCAACAUAUUGCCUAAGUGAUGAUUUGACUUUUGAAGCUAUUAAAAGCUUGGAGUUCUAUCCACCUAUUGUUCGUUAUUCAUGCAUGCUUUUACGACUUUAUGAUGAUUUGGGAACAUGCACGGAAGAGAUCCAAAGAGGAGAUGUUCCAAAAUCAAUUCAAUGUUAUAUGAAAGAGAAAAAUGUUUCAGAAACAACUGCUCGAGAUUAUAUUAGAUGUUUGAUAAGAAACUAUUGGAAGAAAUUGAAUAAAGAACAUGUAAUAUCUUCAAAAUAUGUGGAGUCUUUUAGAAAAGUUUUAUUUGAUAUACCAAGAACAGCACAAUGUUUCUACCAAUAUGGAGAUGGAUAUGGAGAGCCAGAUCUUGAAACUAGGGAGCAAAUCAUUUGUAUAAUAAUUAAGCCAAUUUCACUUUAAAGGUGAUGGCACUUUGAAAAAUAGAUAUUCCUUUCUAUAAAUGUAUGUUAUGUGCAAUUUAGGAUAUUGCUAAAUGUGUAAUAUUAUUAAGUAAUGCUUCCUUUUUCCCUUAGUGUUAGUAAGUUUUGUUAAUUUUGAGUGUUGUGUGUUGUAGAUCUGUAUAUGAAUGUUGUUUAAAAUGUAUACUAUUUAUU